UACUCGCAACUGACUCGUCAGCUGGGUAGUGGCGGGUAGCUGUCAUAAUUUGUUUACGUGUGUAUUUUGUUCUCAAAGUCUUGCAGUUUGAUGGGGCGCCAUGGACGCGAAGUUAAGGGAGUAUAGGGCCAAGAGAAGAAGGCAGGAGCUAAUCGACGAGGCCAAGAGCAAAGUCAAAAAUUUCUUUGCGGCCGGCGUGAAAGAGAAAGACGAGUCUGACAUGGACCCAGCUCUCUCAGCACACGAGCGAGAGCCGAUGCUCUCCGCUGCAGCUCCUUCGGCCUCUUUUCCCUCUGGCCAAAGAAAUGUAGUGUUGAUGAGUGAUGACGAGGCGUGGGAAGCCGAGGAGGACGAAAGUUCCACCGAAGGCCUCUUGUCCAAACGCAUCCGCCGCACCACCACGGCCAUCCUUGCCCUCCUCUGGCUCACCCUGCUGCUCAUUUCGCACCAACUCGGUCUGGCUUUGGCGUUUUGCGUCAUUUCUGCAAUUGUUUUUAUUUUCCUGUGCACAAAAACGACGCCUCGGAAACCUGGAGAGCCAAGUGCCUACUCGGUUUUCAAUCCAAACUGCGAGUCGAUCGAUGGAACUUUGAAAGCAGAGCAAUUCGAGCGGGAAAUCAGAUAUGGGCCUGGAGGUGUACACUGACAAGAGAACAUUAUCGUUCAAUAUUUGUGAUUUAAAAAGCACUGAAAAGCUUAAUUUAUUAUAUGUUCACUGAAUUUAUUAUAAAAUUAAAUAUUCAAAUUUUAAUUAAAAAAUUUCAUUGAAUAAGUAUUACAUUAGUUUUAAAAAUUAUUAUUUUUGCAUCAAAAAAUUUAGACCAAAAUGGCGCAAAAUGGUUCAUAAGAUAAAGAUAAGAUAAUAACCAUUUUUUUUUCAUUAAAGCACAAAUCAUAUGUUUUUCAGAUGCAAUGCUGUGAUUGAAAAUGAUAUAUAGGUUAAAUUGAGUCUUUGUAUAGCAUAAUUCUUGAGAGAAAAAUCCCUUUCAAUAGUAUCAGUAUUUAUCACUAAAGAUGGGACGGAGAACCCUAGUUUCCCAUUCUCGUUGUGCAUCUCCAGUCAAGAGACAGUUUGGUUAUUUUUUUUCUCCGAUGAUUUUGAUUUUAAGCUAAAUAUUCUAUUAAAAUCUGUAUUUGCCAUGGGACAGUGAAAUUAAUUUGAACAAUAAAUUGAAAAGCAAAAAAAUAAUG